GGCAAUUAUCAUUACUUCGACCAAUGGUGACGGUAUGAUAGGAACUACGCCGGUCUACAGGGCUGCCACAAAGUACGCCGGCACUUAGAAAUACAAAUAGUUCUAAAACCAUAUGAGAUACAUUCAUCAAACUUUUCUUAUGAUGAUGUUUGAACUGUCAUCUACCUUUCUUCUUAGUAAAAUUAAACAUUUGGCCUCCUUUUGCACGAACAAUUUGACUGAUACGUUUUGAAAGUCCAUUCACUGUGGCACGCUAGGCUGCCACAAAGUACGCCGGCAAUUAAAAAUACAAAUAAUUCAUAAAAAUAAUUUUGAUGCAUGCAUCAAACUUUUUUAUGGUGAUGUUGGAAUUGCCAUUAACCUUUCUUGUUUGUAAAAUUAUUCAUUUGACCUCCUUUUGCACGGCCAAGUUGACUGAUACAUUUUGAAACUCCAUUCACUGUGGCAGGCACAGCUUUAAUAUAUUCCCAGGCAGCCUUUAAUCCUCUUUCGAGUGCCUCCACAUUUUUAUGUGAUCUAUAGGAGCGCUUUUCCUCCAAAAAUUUGAGGCCAAUCCAACUUGCCAAUUUGAGCCACGGUAGAUUUACAAGUACUGAAACUUAUCGCCGGCGAAAUUGUGGCAACCCUGUAGAUUGCAUUCAUUGGCAGGAGAGCAAUUUGGGCAGGCACUGUCAAUUCAUUGCUGGAGGGUCUUGGAGAAACCAAACUCUCAACAGCCUUGAUGCCAUCCAUGGCCAGGUGCGUCUGCAAGGCUUAACUUGAGAGAAAUCUGACUCCUAAAGAUAGGGACGGCGUUAAAAAGACAGUGCAAUUGUGCGUUUCCUUCAAGAAGACCUUUGGCUCCUUCUCAUCUCUAAGCUUGCCUAAAAAUGACAUGGAUUAUCUGGGAUUGUCAAAAGGAUUAGGGAUGAGUGCCAUUUAUUGUCCCCGACGUGUGGAAUUGGGUUGACAAGGCUCUCAAAUUGACCUUGAAAGGUGAUUUCCCCCUUCGAUUUCAAACGAACGCCCAAAUCCAGUUAGCCGGUUGGAGAACAGAAAGAGCCAUGAGAAAUUCCUCAACAUCUUCACAGUGCUUCGAGCAAAUUCUAAAAUGCAAAGUCUAAUGAGGCACUCACCUACGAGAUUCCGCGAUUCCCGUGGGAAUAACAAGUGCUCUAUUUGGACCAUGUUCCCUUGGACUAAAGGAGGUGGGACUCAACCCUCGGCUUCGAUACGCCUCAUCUUGAUCUUGAUUAGUGUGUUAUUAUUAAUAGAGGUUUCCAAUGCAGAAUUCCUGGGAAGUGGAGAUCAUGGGCAUCACAAUAGUCAUCCUCAUCAUCACACCCAUGAUCAUGGUCAUGGCCAAGGUCAUAAUGAUCAACACACUCAGCCUCAUGAAGAUCAUCAUGAUCACCACCAACCUGACGGUAAUGGUGACACCGACCAGACUAACGAGUUCGGUCACUCUAAUGCAACACAUUCCAACCUGGAGAAAGAGGAUUAUGACGAUUAUUACGAAGAGGAUGCGGACGAGGGUGCUGAAAGCGCUCAUGGCGCCCUUCAACGACAAGUCAGAUUCAAAUCGACGUUUUCGUGCAAAAAUCGCCAUCCCGGCUAUUAUGCCGACAUGAGUCUGAGCUGCGAGGUAUAUCAUUUAUGCAGCAGGCACGGAGUUGGUUUGGCAUUCAAUUGCCCGCGAGGGACAAGAUUUCAGCAACGAACCAUGGUUUGUGAUCACUGGUUUAUGGUGAACUGCGAAAACUCUGCCAGUUUCUACGAUGGUAACUUGCGGAUUGGACAACCCGGAGUGAACUUCCUCGACGACGAUGAUCCGAAUGUUCCGGUGAUGCAAUUGAUGAUUAAGGAGUCCACGACACGACCACCCAAACGCUCACGAACCACUCCACAGGUGUCCAAGUCUCAGACUGCUCCUCGGCAAACGAGGCCAAAGCUAUUGGGCUCAAAUCGAGGCAACAGGAAGCCCAAAUUCAUGCAGGUGGUGGUUCAAGACAGGUUCAAACCUCCGGGACAAAAGGCCAAUGUUGCCCAAAGGGGAGGAGUUCGUCAUAGGCACCAUGAACACCAUUCACUUUCAGUUGAAUCCCGUUUAAAUCGUGGCAGUGAGAAUGACCAAGGAGGGAGUGUCUCAGAGGUCUUUGGCCCACCUUUGGGGGAAAAUGGCAUUAUCCUGGAUGACAAGGAGCUUUUGCCCUUCCAGAACGACCAGAACAGAAUUUUGAGACGUACGGAGGAAAAGAAGAAGACGCGUCAAAAGUAUCCAGCUUUUCCAACCAAAGAGGAAUUGCUACAAUCUUACGGGAUCGAUGCCAGCUUAAAAGCUCCUCCAGUGGACGCUACAAUUGCACUAUUCAAACCCAGACCAACAAGAUCUCCUGGUCGAGGAGCUACUUCAAGGCAGAAACCGACAGCAUGGCAGGCAUCACCAUCUCCACGUGUUGUCACGACGCCCACGCCUCAGUUAAAGUUCAGUCCUCCUCCUUCUCCCGUUGCCUCUCCUUUGACAGGUCAUGUUCCGGAGGAGCAUCCUUUGAAUGAGCUCCUACCUCCAACGGCCCGUGUGGUGGCUGUAAAACCCCUGCGGACAUUGGCCCUGUCCAAUCGCGGAUCGGAUCCUUCAAUCAUGACCUUGUCUCAGUUCUUAGAUCAGUUCCCCAAUAUAUCCCACGUCCAUACUGUUCCCAUCCAAGUGAAGGGGGCUCAAGUAAGGAUGAUUGAGCAGCUUGUGGAAGCACAACAGACAAAAGGGGGCAUGGCAGAAGCGAUUAGAGGGCAGGUCGAUGAUCAAUCAAACACGCCAAGGCAACAAGACUCGGAUGGCGCCUCUUCAUUGCUCGACUUCCGCAGUCCCGGUCGAGAAAGUAACACCCUGGAUGACGAAUUGGAAGACCUCAUUGCAAAUCGUGAUGCCAGGAAAGUGGCGGAAGACAAUGGACAAGAAACUGAUAACGCGGUAACGGUUCAUCCACGCGGAGGUGGAGCUGGUCCUCGGUUCACGCAAGACCUCUCGGAUUCGGUGUCACCGCCCACAGCCAUUUUCCCUGAACUGGAGUUUGGAUUUCAACCCUUGCCUCGUUUCUCCGCCACGACCUCCACCGCAACCACUCUCCAACCCACACAACUGACAACCCAAAUUGAUGAGGAAACGAAGGAUGAUGAAGACGCCGCCGCCGCCGCCGAGAAAGAUGCGUUCUUUUUCACCACCACAAAGGCCCCAAGAGUGACUGUCGGUGGUGAAGAGUUGAACGAGCUCUUGGAUUCGCGGGGCAAGAAGAAGACGUCUCCAUUUGACAUGCGAGGUUUGUUCUACAUUCCCUCCAAACCGAAAGUGAAACCUGUCAAAGCCAAGCAGCUCAAGCCUUUGUCCACAUCCACGCAACAACGACGACGGGGAGGAGGUGGACCAGGUGGAGGUGGAGGGGGUGCAAGAGGACGAGGUCGAUUCCAACCAACCAGGGCAUUUGGCAGUUUUUCUGCAUUUCAGCCGUUUAGCCCCGGAUCAUUAGUCAGAGGCACUUUGAGCAACUUCUUCGCUCCUUGAUCUGCAAGUGAAAAUGAGUGUCCGAAACUCAAACCACGCACGCACAUCAUACAAGUGAUGAUGACACAACCAGUGCCAAUUCUCAAAAGACUUCACUUCGGCGAUUUUCCAAACCGUUACCAUUGUUUACGUGGAAAAAAGUGCCAAGGUUCAACAUAAAAGUAUUUGUAAAUCUUUCAAGUUACCUUUCACGUUUUUAUUUGUUCCUGUCCAUUUUUGACGAGAAAUAAACCCAUCUUUACAGGUU